ACGGUUAAGAAAGCGUUAUUUUUUUUUUUUUUUAGUAUAUACAUAUUUAUUGUUUCUCGAAUAAACUAUUGGAAAAUCGAAAAGCUGUUUCUAUUUAAAGAAGAGGCUCCGCAGGAGAGCAAAUCACUCUGUCUCUCGCCCACACAUACACUUGACUGUCAUUUUCCUCUACCAAACAACCAAUUAGCUCUCUAAGCUCUUCCCUCGUCUCUCCAUCAAUGGCGUCUGCUUUAAGGAGCUUCCUGAGGAAACGAUCAACGGCUCUGAUUGCUUCCCCCCACCGCCACCACCAACAGCCGCUGCUGAUCAGGAACCUGUCGACGGAGGCGGCGGCCGAUUCCCAUUCCUCCUUUGCUCAGAGGCUCAGAGAUCUGCCCAAACUUCUCCCCGGCACUCAAAUCAAGCCCGACGCUUCCAAGCUCAUUGGGAGAACUCCCCUGGUUUUCCUCAACCAAGUGACUGAAGGAUGUGGAGCUUACAUUGCUGCCAAGCAAGAAAUGUUCCAACCAACAUCCAGCGUUAAGGACAGGUAUUCUCUGUUGUUGUGCAGACCAGCAUUCUCAAUGUUUGCAGAUGCUGAAGCUAAGAACUUGAUUACUCCCGGAAAGACAACCCUGAUAGAGCCAACUUCAGGAAACAUGGGCAUCAGCAUGGCAUUCAUGGCAGCCAUGAAAGGCUACAAGAUGGUUCUGACCAUGCCGUCUUACACAAGCAUGGAGAGAAGGGUGUGUAUGAGAGCAUUCGGAGCCGAGCUCAUCCUCACUGAUCCAACUAAAGGAAUGGGGGGAACAGUGAAGAAAGCUUAUGAUCUGUUGGAAUCUACUCCAGAUGCAUUCAUGCUUCAACAAUUCUCCAACCCUGCCAACACUAAGAUCCAUUUCGAGACGACUGGUCCUGAAAUUUGGGAGGACACAUUGGGACAAGUGGACAUCUUUGUGAUGGGAAUUGGCAGUGGUGGGACUGUCUCUGGUGUUGGACAGUACCUGAAAUCACAGAACCCUAAUGUCAAGAUAUAUGGAGUUGAGCCUGCAGAGAGCAAUAUACUGAAUGGUGGCAAACCAGGUCCUCACCAGAUUACAGGAAAUGGAGUAGGGUUCAAACCUGAUAUAUUGGACAUGGACGUGAUGGAGGCUGUUCUUGAGGUUAGCAGCGAAGAUGCAGUGAACAUGGCCAGGAGGCUGGCUGUGGAGGAGGGACUCAUGGUUGGGAUAUCAUCUGGAGCUAAUACAGUGGCAGCACUUAAGCUGGCUCAGAUGCCAGAGAACAAGGGGAAGCUUAUUGUGACAAUCCAUGCUAGCUUCGGGGAGAGGUACCUGUCGUCGGUGCUGUUCCAAGAGCUGAGGAAAGAAGCUGAGAACAUGCAGCCAGUCUCUGUUGACUGAAUCAUCUGCAGAACUACUCCAAAUUUGUUUCUGUUCCAGGCAGUCUCUCGGCUCGGUUACAUCUGUCUGUCAGUCUGUUGUUGUUUUACCCUUUAGCUGGUUUGUUUGCAACUCCUUCGGUCUCCUGCUUGUAAUACUUGUAACCUAUGGUAAUGUUUAAUGAAAUCAUGCGCCUAAUAAAUCUCUUCUUCCCCCCUUUUUGAUUCAGUCUCAAAUCACAAUGGGAAUAAAAAGAGUGCGUCUGCCGGGAGUCGAACCCGGGUCUAUU